UGUGUUCUGGCUGUUAAUACUCGGGCGCAGAAAAAUCUUUUCACACUUGCAGGAGACGCAUGCGCGGAGAGGAAACCAACUGGCUUGUGUCAAGUCGAGGCAGACGGAUGUGAUCGAGCCAAAAAAAAUCACCUGUACUCUGGCAUUCAUGGUGACACAUCCAUGGGCUCAGAGCGGGUGGAGAUGCGUAAGAGACAGAUGCAGGUUCAUCAGGAAGCAGCUGCCAGUGUCCUCCAAGCGCGCCACAGAAUGGGAAACACCCCCACCAACGCCUCAAACGCCUGCUGCUUCUGCUGGUGCUGCUGCUGUAGCUGCUCCUGUUUGACUGUUCGGGGUGAAGAUGAAACAAUACAGAGGACCACAUUCGAGCAUAGGACAGAGGGAACCAUUAAUUGUGAAGAAAGCCCGAAGCCCACUGUGGAAGACGCUCGGUCCUGGGCAAUGUCAUUUGAAAAGGUGAUGAAAAGUGCAGCCGGGCGAAGCUGCUUCAGGCAGUUCCUGAGGACAGAGUUCAGCGAGGAGAACAUGAUGUUCUGGCUCGCCUGCGAGGAGUUAAAAAAGGAGACAAACAAGACUGUGGUGGAGGAGAAAGUACGUCAAAUAUACGAGGACUUCAUCUCCAUCCUGUCUCCUAAAGAGGUCAGUUUGGAUUCCCGCGUCCGAGACGUGAUAAACCGCAAUAUGCUGGAGCCGACCUCGCACACGUUCGAUGACGCUCAGCAGCAGAUCUACACGCUGAUGCAGAGAGACUCGUACCCUCGCUACAUAAACUCAUCGGCGUACAUGGAUCUGCUCAAGAGCCUGGAAGAGCCUCCCUCCGAGCCAUAAGACUCCCCACUGCCACACAGUUAGCUUUCCGGCGCAUGCAUCCCACUCAAAGCAGUUCUGUGUUCAUGUUGGAGUCCUGCUAUUUAAAGAAAGACAAGACAGGAGAAUGAACACUACUUAAAACCGGUCUUUAUCCAGCUGUAACUGCUGUUUAUUUUACCAUUAUUAGCUUACCAAAACCCUCGGAGCAAACAAGAACAAAUGCUAGUCCGGCAUCAGUUACUUGUUCAAAAGCAUAUCUAUAUUUUUAUAUACUCCCUAGCGCUUGACAUUGCACUUUUCUACCUUGUUUAUUGAGAGAAAGCAUGUAUCUGUGAGCACUGCAUUUGUAUUUAGGUAUAUUGUGAGCCUUAAUGCAUAUUCAGUUCUUGUAGAAAUGAGUAGGUUUUAUUUAAUAGUAACUUAAGAAGAAGGAAAGUGCCUUGGAAUAAGAUCUUCUACACAAGCACCUUUGGUCUAACAUGAAUGGUGCCACAAUGACUUCACAUGUUGGUGCUUUCAGCUCUUCUCAAAGAUACAAGUUUUUACAACUCGACGAGCUGAUACCCGGAAAUAGAUCUUGUCUGUUGUGUUUCAAUACUGUGACUACUAGUCAUAUAUUUAAUUUCAAGAAGACAGGGAAAAAGAAACUGAAUACAUGACCAUGACCACUGAUAUAUUUGUGUAUUUAAAGAGGAAUUUGUGUGAAAUAGCUAUUUGAAUUCUCACAAAUUAAAUAAAGCACAAUCAUAUGUUG